ACAGAGCCACAAGUGUCGGCCGACCCGUGAAGCGGAAGUGACGCCACUUCCUCAGUCCGAGGGCGGGGCCUCGGUCUCCUUGUUGAUAUCUACCUGUGGACCGCAUGGAAGCAAAGACUCUUGGAAUUGCAACACCCAGGAAACCUGUUUUAUCCGUCAGUGCAAGGAAAAUUAAGGACAAUGCAGCUGAUUGGCAUAACUUAAUCCUGAAGUGGGAAAGCCUCAAUGACGCCGGUUUUACCACCGUGAGCAAUAUUGCCAACUUGAAAGUCAGCUUAUUGAGUAAAGAGAAGAUUGAAUUAGAGAGCAGCAGCCCAGCUUCCAGUGAAAAGGAAGAGAAGACGAAUCUGGAAUAUGAUAAGGAACUUGAAGCUCUAUGUGAGGAGCUGCAGGCCACCUUGGAUGGCCUGACCAAAAUACAAAUGAAAAUGGAAAAGCUGUCUUCAACCACGAAGGGAAUUUGUGAACUAGAAAAUUACCAUUACAGGGAAGAAAGUAACCGGCCCCUUCUGUUUCACACAUGGCCCACAACCUUCUUUUAUGAGGUCUCCCACCGGCUCUCCAGUGCAUACAAGAAGGAACUCCUCCUGAAGCACACCAUUGGUGCUGAGCUGGCCCACACUGCUGACCGCAACCUCAUCCUGACCUACCUGUCCAUGUGGCUCCACCAGCCGUACAUAGAGAGCGACAGCAAGCUGCAACUGGAGAGCAUGCUCCUGGAAACAGGGCACCGGGCCCUGUAACUGCCAGUCAGUUUACCUGUGCCCACAGCCUCAGGGCUCAGAUCACUGGCUGGACAGCCACUGCAGCCUCUCCAGACACAAAAGUACUUGGGCAGCUGUCCUCCCCUUCUGCCCUGUCCCAGAUUAGCAUGUGACCACCACGGAGUGGAAUAAUAAGAAGAGUGGCUGAGGGGCCUCAUUUUGUAAUUUAGAGGAUGCCUUAUAGAGAUGCUAAUUCAAGCCUACGUGACAGCUAGCAUACUCAGCAGACAGAUGCGGACGUGACAAAAGGCCAUUCACCUGGUUGCCUACAUGACAGUAUGAUGAUGUAUUUUCCCGCCCAGUUUAUGUAUUGGUAUAAAAGAUGUUUGGAGAAUAAACACAGAGAGCUUCAGGGGAGAUCCUCAGGGGAGAUCUUCAGGAGGAAGAAGCCUGAGAUGCCCUUUUCCGUAA